AUGAGUAAUGAAAUAUCAUCAGUUGACCAUCCGAUUUGCUCUUCAUCAGUUAAAAAUAAGAAACAUACAUCCUCUAUGGAUCGUUCUUCAUCGGUGAAUUCCUACGAAGUCUUCAGAAACAACACGACAGCCGUGGAAGUAACUGUCAAGGAAAUCGCGAAUAAAAAAAACGAUCAAACCGGAAGCACGGUUAAAAGCCUUCACGAAGAAAUGAACAAAAUCAAGAGCGAAUUAAACAAAGCGAACGAUUCAAUCGGUAAAAUGAGAGAGAGCUUCAGCAUUAUCGUUUGUGAAAUGAAGAAACAGCUAGAUUUAUCGAACAAGAGAGAAUUUGAUUUGCAAACCAAAUAUUUGAAUGCUUUGUUCGAUAAAGAAAAAAUGGUAGCAUUGCUCGAAUCCAAAACUAAACUCGUGCAAAAAUUGAAAAACGAACUUAACGUAAUGAAACGCGUAUUGAAAUUAGUAAUUAAAGGUAUUCAAAAUGUACCCGAAUUUCCUGAAAGCUGUACGUGCGAAUUAGAUUUUAGUGAGCUCGACGAUGAUUUUAAGAAAGACAUUAAUAUUUGUAAAGAUCUUAAUGAUUCUCGUCUUCUACAUCAAACUAAAUCAUUUGAUACAUAG